UGUAGUUCCGGUGCCGUGACCUUUGUUUACCGUGAUUCUGGUCCCGAACUGAACCGACAGGUGUUAGAGGACCGCCAGUCUGUCCCCGCAGCAGUCUCAGGUUUAUUUCAAAAUGACUUCAGUGAACACGCUCCGACACCUCUGCGCACGCUGUGACGUCACUCAGCGGGGACAGCGAGCGAGCUAGUCGCGGGCUAACGUUAGCCGUUUACCGUCCGUCAAAGCGAACAACAGGCCGACGUACAGGUGACCACAGGUGAACGGAGCCGCACAGCUAACGAGCCAACGGGCUAAUCUGUGGAGGAGAAGAGCCCAGAACGUUAGAGACAGAGCCCGGCCUUCAGGAUGCUAAACACGAUGUUCCUGGACGAGGCCUCGCCCCCGGCUCUGACCGACCUGUGUCUGACCUACGUGAGUCAGAACCUGGACCAGUUCUGUGUGAAGCGUCCUGAUGGCUCGCUGUGCUUCAGAGAGGCCGUGCUCUUCCCUCAGGAGCUCGCAGACCAGCUGCUCGGCAAGAUGGCGUCUGAAGGUCUGCUGAAUGACAGCACAGUCGGCGUGUUUCGAUCCUGUGAGUAUCUGCGUCUGAGACGAGCGUGUGUACGGACGGCUCGUAUCUCUGCGGAGGCCUUCCAGAAAGCUCUGUGUCCUCACCGGCUGCUGGAGCUGGACGCCGCCAGAGUCAACGCAGAUCUCACCAUCCCCGACAUCCUGCAGGGUCUGUCUACCAACAAGUACUGCCAGGAGUCGCUGCAGAGACUCGUCCUCACGGGCCUGACCAUGUCGUCUCUGGAGGAACCGAUCCAGCACCGCUUCAGCUCCCUGCACGGCCUCCGCUCGCUCUCUCUGGCUAACGUGGACUUCUAUGACUCGGGACUGGUGGACGUCUGUUCUCUGCCUCGUCUGGAGAGUCUGGACUUGUCCAACACGUCGGUCACUAACCUGAGUCCCCUGCUGGGACUGAAGGAGCGUCUGCGCUCGCUCACUCUGCACCAGCUGAAGAGGCUGGAGAUGAGCACGGCUCAGCUGCUGGGCGUCAUCGGGCAGCUGGACGCACUGCAGCACCUGGACAUUAGUGAUGAUAAACAGUUCACCUCUGACGUGGCCCGUCAGCUGCUCAGCCAGCGGGGGAUUCUGCCUGCCCUCGUGUCUCUGGAUGUAUCAGGGAGGAAACAGGUGACUGAUGCAGCGGUCAGAGCGUUUGUGGAGGAGAGGCCAGGGAUGAGUUUCGUAGGUCUGUUGGCCACAGAUGCUGGAUUCUCAGACUUCCUGUCUGGAGAGGGGAAUCUUAAGGUAACAGGUGAAGCCAAUGAGACACAGAUCUGCGAGGCUCUGCGUCGCUACAGUGAGAGGGAAGGAUUUGUGAGAGAAGCUCUGUUUCACCUUUUCAGCCUGACGCACGUCAUGGAGACGCCACGAGCCGACAUCCUGAAGCUGGUGGUGUUGGGGAUGAAGAAUCAUCCCGCCACGCUGAACGUACAGCUGGCUGCGAGUGCCUGUGUGUUCAAUCUGACCAAACAGGACCUGGCUGCAGGAAUGCCGGUCCGACUGCUGAGCUCGGUCACUCAGCUGCUGCUGGAGGCCAUGAGGACGUUCCCCAACCACCAGCAGCUGCAGAAGAACUGUCUGCUGUCUCUGUGUAGUGAUCGCAUCCUGCAGGAAGUUCCCUUCAACAGGUUUGAAGCAGCCAAACUGGUGAUGCAGUGGCUCUGUAACCAUGAGGACCAGAACAUGCAGAGGAUGGCCGUGGCCAUCAUCUCCAUCCUGGCUGCAAAGCUCUCUACAGAGCAGACGGCUCAGCUGGGAACAGAGUUGUUCAUUGUCAAGCAACUCCUCCAGAUCGUGCGUCAGAAGGCAUCUCAGGGCGUGGUGGACGCCACCUUAAAGUUCACUCUGAGCGCGCUCUGGAACCUGACUGACGAGUCACCGACAACCUGCCGUCACUUCAUUGAGAACCAGGGCCUGGACCUGUUUAUCAAAGUCUUAGAGUCGUUCCCCAAUGAGUCUUCAAUUCAGCAGAAGGUUCUGGGUCUGCUGAACAACAUAGCCGAGGUGGGGGAGCUGCAUGUGGAGCUGAUGGUGCAGAGUUUCUUGGACCACAUCAGCACUCUUCUGCACAGUCCAGAGGUGGAGGUGAGCUAUUUUGCAGCAGGGAUCCUGGCUCACCUGACAUCCCGAGGAGAGGACACGUGGACGCUGAGCCCCGAGCUGAGAGCAGCUCUGCUGGAGCAGCUGCACACCGUCAUCACAAAGUGGCCCCCUCCUGAGUGUGAGAUGGUGGCGUACAGGUCCUUUAACCCUUUCUUCCCCCUGCUGGAGUGCUUUCACACCCCCGGGGUUCAGCUGUGGGCGGCCUGGGCCAUGCAGCACGUCUGCAGCAAGAACGCGGCGCGGUACUGCAGCAUGCUGCUGGAGGAGGGCGGUCUGCAGCAGCUGGAGCUUGUUCACACUCACCCUCAGACGCACAGAGACGUCCGCCUGCUGGCCGAGAGCAUCCUGGAGAGUCUGCAGCGCCACCAAGCACGCACCGGCCAGCAUGCACACUGCAGCCGCCGCCCGCCUCCUCCACCGCCCCAGUGACAUCACAAAGAGGGCGUGCGCUGCAUCAGACUGAUCAGAGCGGCAGAUCUCUGUCAGAGCAGGACAGGCGCAGAACUCUGUUCACUUUAUCAAGAAUGAGGAAAAGACUACGUGAUUCUUCACAAACAUGUCAACUUUAUUUAUUUCUCUGUGUUUGUUUCAAAACAAAAUAAUAAUGUGAGUGGGACGAGUGCUGAAACCACCAGGAGGAGUUUUGGUCAGUAAAUGCCACGUUGAUGAUGGAUCAGCUGCUUAGAAAAACACAUCACUGUGGGAACGUCCAGAAACUGUUAAAAGCGACCCAUCCAGGUACCCAAACAGCAUCAGACCGGCUCCCUUCUGGGUCAAAACAGUCCAUCAUCAUGAAUGGCGGUUAACGGGACAGACAGGGUCAGUUUACCGGUUAUUGAGAGCCCAAAUCCAACAGCCAGUGAGGUUUUCAUAAUAAUUACAUCAUUUUUGAAUAUGGAUCGGCAUCAUAACAUUUCAAAGUAGUGGAGAACUCCUGCUGGGGGGCAAGAAGUGAUUUCAGCAUAGAGAAAACUAAACUAUUCUUUAUUCUUAAAAGGAACCCUGCAUGAUCAGACAAGUUCAUCUUGUUGGAUAGAUAUUUGUAUCGCUCAAAUGUGUAUUAAACUUCAAAAACUCA